AUGUCGCGAAACGGGGCUCCGAACAUCCAAGUUGAUGUGCUCAAGGGCCUCAGCCAGCCGUCCGCGCUCCAUGACGAGCUCGUGCGCUACAUCCUCUCUACAGUGGGUUGUAAGCUGCACAACGAGUCGACACUGAGGCUGGUAUCGCACGCAGCGCAGAUGGCGCUCGAAAAGUUCAUCACGGACGCAAAGAACAUGCAAAUGAUCGACAAAUCGAUGAGUGAGGGAAAGGUCGGAUUGCUGUCCCCCGACGAGAUUCGCGAGCUCGACUACCAGGUCAUUGUGGAGACCAUGCAGAAAACGGAACCGAAGGCAUACAACUACAGUGUGUUCCUGGAGCCGAACAUGGAUUUCUGA